AUGAUGAACGAAUCGUUUUGUGCCGGCCUUCUGCAGUCUCGCCUCGCUCAUUCUGACUUGAGAGAGCUUCGCACGACUUUCAUUGUUAACUGUGUCUUCAAUAAUUUUUCAAAUUAUACCACUAUCAUGUUCAACAUUGUAACACUGUAUGCCAUGCGAAAAACUUCAUCUUUGCCAAGGACUUUGAAAACUUUGCUGCUAAGUCUUGCAGUUUCUGAUGUUGGAGUCGGUUUAUUUGUUCAACCAUUUUACACUUUCUCUCUGAGCAAGUGGCUUCAACUGGACAAUCCAAGCUGCAACGCUUACCGAGCUUGGAUUAUUUCAUGUCUUUUGUUUUUAUCUGCUUCGUUCCUUGGUGUUGUGGCUGUAAGUGUAGACAGGUUUUUAGCAGUUCAUCUUCAUCUCAGAUACCAGGAGCUUGUGACUCACAAGCGUGUUGUAAUUGUUGUGGCCUCCCAAUGGGUGUCCAGUGUAUUUUUUUCGUUAAUAAUAUUGUGGGGAUCGUUUUUUAUGAGGAAGCUCAUUACUGUAGUUUUUUCAGCUAUUGGCUUUAUUCUCACAUUUGUGGUGUACGUCAAAAUAUAUUUAAUUGUUCGACGGCACAAGAAUCAGAUUCAGUCCGAGCAAGUAAAAGAAGUUGCUCAAACUGGGGAAAUGACAAAUUUUGCUGCCCUCGUUAAAUCCACAGUUGGUGUAUUUUAUGUAUAUCUGGUGUUUUUAGUUUGUUAUUUGCCCUUUACCAUCGGCAUUGCUGGUUUUAGAACCAGUGACAUGAGUUUCCUUUUUACAGAUUUUUAUCCAUUCUCUCUGACUCUCAUGUAUCUUAAUUCAUCUUUGAACCCUGUCAUUUACUGCUGGAAGAUGGGACACAUUCGACACGCUAUCGUGGACAUACUUCGGAACAUCUCUCGCAGAAGAAAUCAUCCAUCUCGCGUAAUUUACAAUCGGUCGUCAAAUGUCGCCCAUGUCUAUACCUGAACCCCCUCUCGACGACUAACAAAGAAUUUUAGUACUUUGAUCUUGAAAUAGUAGAUGAAGAGGGACAGGAAUGAACUUAUGCUUAGAAGAACUGACAUGAUAACUGCAUGCAUAAACGUCGAUUGUAUACGUGCGGAACCAAGGACAACGCAUCCGUCGAUGAUAUUUUUUGUAGUAUUUACGCCGUUAAACUGGAUAAAAAGGGACAGAGAUACAGAGAUAACAAUAGAUGUUUGUCGCUCGUUUAACACUGGACAGAAUACCAAAUGGAAUAUUUGCUAUCUAAACGGCUGUCACCCCCCCCCCCCUCCUCCCUCAGCAUUUGAAUCGGUUGUAAAUUACAGCCGAUAACCUUUCAGUAUCGCAAGAUAUUUUUCUCGUUUUGCAUGAUAUUUGCGUGGAGUCUACCCACCUUCUAGUAUGUAGUUAGUUAACUAGUGUUGACACGUGGAGAAAAGAAAUGUUCCUGGAAUUAAAUAAACUUCAUA